UAUGAUUUUAUAAUAUAGGAAAUAGGAAAAUAAUUUUAAAAGAAGUACCUAUAACAAAUUAAUUUUCACUGUUGCUAUUUGCUGUCCAUAGAAAAAAUAAAGAUUGCUAUUAAAAUGAAAGAAGGGAUAUAAGGAUUCCCAGAAUUCUUUUAUUAAUCACUAUCAGUAAGAAUAAUUAGGUAGGUACUCAAAAUGUAGAAUGUAGCAUUUCAGUUUGUUGUGCAAUAUUAUAUUUAUUUUUUUUUGAUACCGCGCAUCUCGUGGAGGGAGGAUUAAUAAUAUCGCUUGGCCCCCAAUAAAUAUAUACUUGAAUCCAAGAAUUAAGGAAUUAUAGUUAUAAUAGAAAUAGAUAUAAAGGUAUAGUCUGUGAUUCAUUAUUGAUAGAAGAGUGACAGUUGUAGAUUUUUUUAUAGUUUGAAAGUUUAAGGAUCUUAUUGUAAGACUAAUAUUAAAUAAUGGAGAAUAUUAAUAUUUUUACUGAAAUAUUCGAACUUAUUGGCGAAGAGGUCAAAAGUGUGCAAUUGGACGACAGUGAAAAAGAAGAAGAUUGCUUGGAAGUAGCAAUGCCAACAUUUAUCAAACAAUUAUCCGCUGAAACAGAAACUGAAAGAGAUAAAGUUCAACUAUGCUGUAUAAAUCGAGGAAAAUCUAGAGAAAGAGUAGAAAUGUCGCUUUCUACCGAACAUCUUAAAAAUGAUAAUUAUUUAGAACUAAAAGUCAAUAAUAACGAUGAUUUAAAUGAACAUAUUUUAUCUUCAAGUGAGUCAGAAAAUUCACUUGAUGACUUAUGGGAGUUAGAUGAUAGUUUAAUACCCAAACAAAGGAAAAAAAUGUCAAAAAAGACAAAACUGAAAAAAAUAAAAACAAAAAUAAUGAAACAAGAGGACGAUGUUAAGAAAAAAGAAUUAAUAAAACUAAUUACUAAAGGUGAUCUUGAAAAAUUAAUAUCAUUAAUAUACGAUCUUAUAGAUUUAACAAAACAAGAAGAAAUUCAUCAAAAAUUUUCUGAAGUGAUUAAUGAAACAGUAGAUGAUCAUUCCAAUACAUUACUACAUGUAGCAGCAAUAACAGAACAAACAGAUGUGUUAGAGUUUUUUCUAAGAAAUGACGCUAAUCCCUGCUUAAAAAAUAAAUAUCAGAAAACUGCGUAUACGUGUACCAAAAGUAUAAAAGUUAGAGAGAUUUUAAAACAAUUCGCUAGAGAUGUCCCAUACAAAUUCAAUUAUAAUAAUGCAAAAAUUCCCAUCGAUUCCGAUACAAAUCAAGUAAUGGUCGAUGUGAAAGAAGCCAUGCGGAAAAUCAUGAAAGAGAUAGAAAGAGAACAUGAAAAAGAAAAUGAAAAUAAAAAGAAGGAAAAAAAGAUUAUAAAAGCUGCUAAAAGAAAAAUUAUGAGUAAAUCUGGAAAAAGUACUGAUUGUUUGGUGGUAGCUGAAAUGGAAACUAAAAGAAAUAAAGUUCGUACAUAUUGUAUAAAUCGAGCAAAAUAUAGAGAAAUAGUAGAAAUGUCCAAUUCUACCGAACAUCUUAAAAAUGAUAUUGAUUUAGAACUAGAAGUCAAUGAUAUCAACGACGUAAAUGAAAAUUGUUUGUCUACAAAUGAAUUAGAAAAUUCACUUGAAGACUUAUGGGAAUUCGAUGAUAGUUUAAUCCCAGAACAAAGGAAAAAAUUGACAAAAAAGACAAACCCGAAAACGAGCCAAACAAAAGAAUUAAACGAAUUAAAGGCUGCUAAGAAAAAGAAAUUGAUAAAACUAAUUACUAACGGUAAUGUUCAUAAAUUAAUGAUGUUAUUAUACGAACUUAUAAAUUUAACAAAACAGAGAGAUGAAAUUGAUACAAAUUUUUGCGAAUUGGUUAAUAAAAAAGUAGAUGAUCACUCUAAUACAUUACUACAUAUAGCAGCGUUAAAAGAACAAACGGAUGUGAUUACGUUUUUAUUACAAUUCGACGCUAACCCCUGCUUAAAAAAUAAAUAUCAACAAACUGCUUAUACGUGUACCCAAAGCAUAAAAGUAUCGCAUGAAAAAGUUUCUCUCGAGUAA